AGCCUUCUAAAGAAAUUUGUAACCAAUGCUUUCAAGCAACUAAAAAUUUGGCCAACAAAACAUUGCCAAUUUUUUUAGGUAGUUUUAUCUUACAUUUUUCCAAAGACGGAAAGUUCAAUGCAAUUAAAUUACCAAUUUGUAUACUCAACUCCUUGCCUCUAAUAAAAACCCCCAUUUUUCAUCUGAAAAAAUUUAUCAACUUAUACUUCACAAUCUAAAAGUCAAUCAUAUUUUCAUUUGCUUGGAAUUCAUCAAUGGAGGGCUUAAUUCGUUGCCCAGCGAACUAUGUUCCUUUAACUCCAAUCAGCUUCUUGGAACGAUCAGCACUUGUUUAUGGAGAUCGAUUUUCUGUAAUUUAUGGAAAUGUCAAAUAUACUUGGAAGCAGACUUUGAUUAGGUGCACUAAACUUGCUUCUGCUUUAACCCAAUUGGGUAUCUCUUACGGGAAUGUUGUUGCCGCUUUGAUCCCCAACGUUCCAGCCAUGUAUGAGUUGCACUUUGCAGUUCCGAUGGCUGGGGCAGUCCUUUGUGCUUUUAACACUCGUCAUGACUCUGCAAUGUUGUCUGUCUUGCUAAAACACUCAAAGGCGAAAGUAAUCUUUGUAGAUUAUCAGUUUUUUGAUGUCAUACAAGGAGCAAUGAACAAUUUGUGCAAGUCGAGCUCUAGUCUUCCUCGUAUCAUCUUAGUUCUCGAUGAACAAUUGAUGCCCGGUGGAAGUCACAUGCCUUCUUCUGUGACCUUUGAAUAUGAAAAAAUUUUAGCAAACGGAGCACCUGAAUUUGAAAUCUGCAGGCCAAAAGACGAAUGGGAUCCAAUUGCUUUGAACUAUACUUCCGGGACAACAUCGAACCCUAAAGGUGUAAUUUAUAGCCACAGAGGUGCAUAUUUGAACUCUUUAGCAACAGUUUUAGUGAAUGAAAUGGUUACAGGACCUGUUUAUCUGUGGACUCUCCCUAUGUUUCAUUGCAAUGGCUGGUGCUUUCCGUGGGGUGUUGCAGCUCAAGGCGGGACAAACAUCUGCCUGCGCAAUGUUAUCGCAAAAGAUAUCUUCCGUAAUAUUGUGGAGCAUAAAGUUACACACAUGUGUGGUGCACCAACAGUUUUGAACAUGAUAAUAAACUCUUCGGAUGAUGAUAAGCGGCCCCUUCCGAACAAGGUGAUAGCAGUGACCGGUGGUGCCCCGCCACCGCCCCACGUAUUGUUCAAAAUGGAAGAACUUGGGUUUUCCGUAAUACAUGGAUAUGGGCUCACAGAAACUUAUGGGCCUUCUACAGUUUGUGUUUGGAAACCUGAAUGGGAUAAUUUUCCUCCAAGUGAAAGAGCAAAACUUAAGGCUAGGCAAGGAGUACUACAUGUUGGGCUUGAGGAAGUUGAUAUAAAAGAUCCAAUUACUAUGAAAAGUGUACCGGCUGAUGGUAAGACGAUGGGCGAGGUUAUGCUUAGAGGAAAUACAGUCAUGAACGGUUACUUACGAGAUGAAAAGGCCACUCAUGCAGCUUUCGAAGGUGGAUGGUUUCAUAGUGGCGACUUAGGGGUUAAACACCCUGAUGGUUAUAUCGAGCUAAAAGAUCGUUCUAAAGAUAUUAUAAUCUCAGGGGGAGAAAAUAUAAGCACGAUUGAGGUAGAAUCAGUAAUAUUCAAUCAUCCAGCUGUUUUAGAAGCAGCUGUUGUCGGACGCCCUGAUGAUCACUGGGGCGAGACCCCUUGUGCAUUCGUAAAGCUGAAAAAUGGGCAUGAAAAUGUGACAGCUUCCGAUAUAAUCAAGUUCUGUAGAGAUAAUUUGCCUCAUUACAUGGCUCCGCGUACAGUUGUGUUUGAGGAUUUACCGAAGACUUCUACCGGAAAGACGCAGAAAUUCAUUCUGAGGGAGAAAGCCAAGGCCAUGGGAAGCCUUCCUCAUAAGAAAACCAGCAAACUAUAAGAUCUGAUUGGCAAAUUUCUUAGUAAAAAUCCUCUGAUCAUUGUUUUCUUUACUAUGAGCUUUGUGCAAAAUGUUGGUGUUCCAAUUGUCUGCUGAUAAUAUUCCUUAUGUUUGCAUUGCAACCAAUAAAAUAAUGUUCAUUUUUCUUGUCCCA